AACCAUUAAACACAAUGGACAAGCUACGUUUAAUUGCUGAAGUUCACAAGAGACCCGUAUUAUGGGAUACUCAACGUUUAGAUAGGUCACGUCAAGAAAUAACAAACAAAUGGAAUGAUGUUGCCACUAGCAUGGGUGGUAAUGUUUCAGUGACGGCCUGUAAAAAUACAUGGAAACAUUUGCGUGCCUGUUAUCGUGUGGGUAAAAAUCGUUCUAUACGUCGUAUAUGUAAGGAUAAAGCUAACGGUACAUACGACCCCACUAAGAGAAAUUACCGCAAUACGUGGGAGUAUUCGAAGGAAAUGAACUUUCUCGAAAAGGUUAUUAAAGCGAAAAGAACAUUUGAAAUAAAACUUCUAGAUGAUUCCGAUGAAGAGGAGUUACAGUUGUUAUCAAUGAGAUGUACAUAUUCAAAACAACCGGAAAGUGAGGCUCCAUCAUGUCCCAGCGAUAAUGAAAACACUCAAUUUAUUGAUGAUGAUAAUAUAAAAAUAGAAGAAGAAUCUGAUAAUGAAAUCGAUAUGGAUGAUGAAGAAUUUUUAUCAAUACCUAUUAAUCAAAACAAUAGCUUAUCUAAAGGAGCCUCAAACCAAUUCCUUGACGAUCUAGAUUAUAAUUUUUUGAUUAGUUUUAGCGCACAGAUGAAACCAAUGACCCCAAUACAAAAUCUACAGUUUCGUGGUCAGAUGACAGAUUUGAUAUUAAAUAUUCUAAAGAUAGGUCAUUCGUCUAAUGGCUCAAAGGCACCGGAUAAUGAUAUUCAACUAAAAGGUUUUGUUGAUAUUAGCGAUCUAGAUCGUAACUUUUUGAUCAGCUUUUUGCCUUAUAUGAAAAUGUUUACUCCAUUGCAAAAUCUACAAUUACGAGCAAAAAUAUCUGAAAUAAUGUUGAAUAUUUUGCCUUUGAAAGUAAUGGACAAAUUUCGUUUAAUCGCUGAAGUGCACAAAAGACCCAUAUUGUGGGAUUUGCAGCUGACAGAGAGGCCGCUACAUGAAAUAUGUGAUAACUGGAAAGAGAUUGCAAAAAGUCUUGGUGAUGAUGUUACUGCAGAAGAUUGCAAAAGUGUAUGGAAAAGUUUACGUGAUGCUUAUCGGGUAGUUAAAUAUCGUAAACGAAAUCGUAUGAAAAGAGAUCAGCGAAGCGGUAAAUAUGAUCCUAAGAAGGAUUAUAGCAGUAAGUGGGUGUAUUGUGAACCCAUGAAAUUUUUAGAUGGUCAUUCCAAGUGUUCAAGGGAUAGCGAUUCCGAUCAGAGUUCAAAUUUGGCAAUAACGGAAAAUAACAAACAUUCUAUUAUUAAAAAUCAAAGUGAACUAAGAAGAGAUCGUAGGAAACGGAAUUCUUCCAUAAAUGAUGAUAAUAUAUCAUGUAACAGUAGUCUCUCAAAAACUGUACCCAAUGAAAUAGACUUGUUAGACGAUUCUGAUGAAGAAGAUUUGUUAAAGCGUCUGAAAUCCUGCGAGGAAUAUAAUGAAAACGAUGAAAGUAAAGUAUCGUAUACUAAACAAAAUCGCAAUGAAAUUAAACGUAAAUCGCCUAGCCGUCAAAGUCGCUUAAACAAGAGUUCAACACCCGAGCAAAAAACUAGUAAUGUCACAAAUGAAAAUCCUCUAAAACAGAAAUGCCUAAAUGAAAGUGAAUAUAUACCAUCGUACAGUAGUAAACCGCAAAGUUCUUACUAUCAAAUAAAUUUUUUAGAUGAGACUGAUGAGGAGGAACCAAUAAUAAGAUCACAACAUAAUCAAUUUGCUAAUGCUGAUAUAAAAGAAGAACCAGCUCUUGAUAUCGAGACAGUUUCGCAUGCCUUUUUAGAAAAUGAAAUUCAAUCGCCUAAGCUUCAAAGUCUGAAUGAGAGUUCAACACUUCAGCAAAAUGAAGUUCAUUCAAUUCAACCUCAAAGUCUUGCUAAAAAUUCAACACUUCAGCAAAACCGAAACAUAAAAGAAAAAAACAAACGAAUAACAUUAAGAAAAGAAAUUAACGCUAGCCAAGAUUUCCGACUAACCGUUCAGCAAGAUAUUGGCGAUCCAGAAUGUAAUUUUCUGAUUAGUUUUUUGUCUCACAUGAAAUCAUUAACAGCUUUACAAAAUUUACAGUUUCGUGUUCAAAUGUCUGAUUUAAUAUUAAGUUUUCUGUCUAACUCGUCUUCUGCUAAUGAAUUUAAAACGCCAGAAUGUAAUGCCAAGAUAGCGUUAGAUAUAAGAGAUCCAGAUUGUAAUUUUUUAAUGAGCUUUUGGCCUUAUAUGAAAUUGUUGACACCUUUGCAGAAUUUGGAAUAUCGUGCGAAGGUGUCCCAUUUAAUGAUAAAUAUUUAUUCUAAAGAUGAAAUCUCGAAAGAUAUUUGAAUGUAGUAUAUUAGUUUUUUUAAUGAAUUACUACUGUGUAAUUAAUACCUAGUAACUAGUUUUAAUUUUUUUCCCAUUAACUUAUAAUAGUUAUUAUUAAUUUAAACAAUUAUUUUAUUUUUCUAAAAAUAAACAAUAAAAAAAUAUGAAUU